CGCAUAUGUCAAAUUGAUCUGUUCCUCUGCUUCCGUGUACAUGGGGUGUCGUUGUUAUUGUUGUGAAUUCGUCGACUUCGCUGCUUUGUAGCUCGCAAUUUUUUUUAGGCAAGAAUCAGCAGCCAUCGAAGCAGGAAGAGGUUACAGCGAGUGCACUUAAUUUUGUAAAGUAAAAAAAUAGCAAAAUGUUGAAGCAAGUAACCAAACAAUUGGCUAUCCAAUCCGUGAGGAAUUUCGCUACCACAAAGCAGAACAACUUCAAGGUCACAGUAUGCGGUGCCUCUGGUGGUAUUGGACAGCCCCUUUCGCUGUUAUUGAAGAACAACCCAUUGGUUACGAACCUGUCACUGUAUGAUAUCGUGCACACACCCGGCGUUGCUGCCGAUUUGUCGCACAUUGACACCCAAAGUACCACUGAGGGACACGUCGGACCAGAGCAAUUGGGCAAAGCUCUAAAAAAUGCUGAUGUUGUUGUAAUUCCUGCUGGUGUACCACGUAAGCCUGGCAUGACCCGUGAUGACCUGUUCAACGUGAAUGCUGGUAUUAUUCGCGACAUUGCCAAUGAAAUUUCUAAGAGCUGCCCCAAGGCCCUGGUGGCCAUCAUCACCAACCCUGUUAACACCUGCGUUCCAAUUGCUGCUGAAAUUCUCAAGAAGGCCGGUGUCUACGACCCCAAACGCCUAUUUGGCGUCUCAACUUUGGAUGUGGUCCGCGCACGUGCCUUCAUUGGUGCCGCUUUGGGUGUUGAUCCCCAGCAAGUUGAUAUACCCGUUAUCGGUGGACAUUCCGGUGUUACAAUUCUGCCCAUCAUCUCACAAUGCCAGCCUAAAUUCAAAGGUGAUCAGGCCACCAUUGAAAAGUUGACCGUACGCAUCCAGGAAGCCGGUACUGAGGUGGUGAAAGCCAAAGCUGGCGCUGGUUCGGCUACUUUGUCUAUGGCAUAUGCUGGUGCACGCUUCGCUGGUUCUUUGCUGAAAGGUUUGAACGGUGAGAAGGGCGUCGUCGAGUGCUCGUAUGUGCAAUCCACUGUCACCGAAGCGACAUUUUUCUCUACCCCACUCAUUUUGGGAAAGACUGGUUUACAGGAAAACUUGGGUCUGCCCAGAUUGAAUGAUUACGAGAAGAAAUUGUUGGCCGCUGCACUGCCUGAGCUUAAGAAGAACAUCCAAAAGGGCGUUGAAUUCGCCAAUGCAUAAGCUACAUAAGCUUAUAUCUGCACUCUGCCAGCGCUCAUCCCCGGAAAAUAAACAUCUAAGGAAAUAGGGUAUUUUUUUAUGGACUAUUUACUUCCUUUACUAGAAUUGAUACUGGAAAAUGCUCUUAAAAAAAAGUAGCAAAAAAGGUAACAGCUACGCUACAUAUGUGUCUAAAAUAAAAAACAAAGCCAGAAAUUAUUGUAACGACACUAAUAAAUUGUUAAGAUAAAAUGUUAUGUAGUUGUUGUAUAGGAAUGAUUAAAUGACCAACACCUAAAAACAAAAAGCAAAUAGUAUCAUGUAUCGAAAUCCAAACACUGUAACUAAUGGAGAAAUAAUAAAUGAACCUAAAAAAAAA